AUGUCCGUUUCUGUUUCUCGAAGACGACGAGCUCUUCAGAUUUCCAGCGGCAUAGAAAACAUCGGCAACAUUCGUUGGGAGCUCGCUGGCACGCUACUGCUGGUGUGGGUCUUAUGCUACUUUUGCAUCUGGAAAGGAGUACGGUGGACUGGGAAGGUGGUAUACUUUACUGCUCUGUUCCCGUACUUCUUGCUUACCGUGCUGUUGAUCAGAGGUAUCACACUGCCUGGAGCGAUGGAAGGUAUUAAAUUCUACGUGAUGCCAAAUAUGUCCAAGCUCUUGGAAUCAGAGGUGUGGAUCGAUGCGGUCACCCAAAUCUUCUUCUCUUACGGGCUGGGUUUGGGCACCUUGGUUGCUCUUGGCAGUUAUAACAAAUUCACUAAUAAUGUUUACAAGGAUGCCUUGAUAGUGUGUUCCGUCAACUCCAGUACUUCUAUGUUCGCCGGGUUCGUCAUAUUUUCGGUUGUUGGCUUCAUGGCUCAUGAACAGCAGAGGCCAGUAGCUGAGGUUGCAGCUUCAGCUGUAUUGCAGUUGCCCGGCGCCCCGCUUUGGUCGUGCUUGUUUUUCUUCAUGUUGCUCCUCAUCGGCCUCGACAGCCAGUUCUGCACCAUGGAGGGCUUCAUCACCGCUGUCAUUGACGAGUGGCCAAAACUCCUCAGACGGAGGAAGGAGAUAUUCAUAGCCAUCACUUGUGUUAUAUCUUAUCUGGUCGGGUUGUCUUGUAUAUCUGAGAGCGUGUUCAUAUUCAACCUGGUGCAGUGGACCCCGAUAAAGUACAUGAGCUACGAGUACCCGUGGUGGGCGCAUGCGUUCGGUUGGUUCACCGCCGUUUCCUCCAUGCUCUGCAUUCCCGGAUAUAUGAAAUUCAAUAAGAUCGUCCGUAUUCCUGAAGAUGUGCCUACACUACGUGCCAAAAUGCAAGCCGAAGAGUUAGCUAAGCACAAUAAGGCCUAA